CAUAAAAGUAACCGCCCACUUAUACUGAUAGACGUGGAAAUUCCUCGACGCGGGCGGUAGUAUUGUUUGGGGUAAAGUUCUACAGAAUUGGUGUGGUGUUUCAGCUGGGUGAUUGGCACGAUGGAUACUCUGAAAUCAGCUGGUCGUGCUAUUAUUCGCAGUCCCAGCUUUGCCAAGCAGUCCUGGAGCAGUAAACAUAAAAAGCUGCCAGAGAACUGGACAGACACCAGAGAAACAUUGUUGGAAGGAAUGCUGUUUAACCUGAAGUAUCUGGGUAUGACCUUAGUGGAGCAACCAAAGGGAGAAGAAAUGUCUGCUCCAGCUGUAAAAAGAAUAGUAACUACAGCAAAAGCAAGUGGGAAGAAACUACGAAAAGUCACAUUGAAGGUAUCUCCCCGUGGAAUCAUUCUGUAUGACGCUUUAAGCAGUGACCUCAUUGAAAAUGUUUCAAUAUAUAGGAUAUCUUACUGCACAGCAGAUAAGGUGCACGACAAAGUAUUUGCCUACAUUGUACAGAGUUCCCUCAAUGAAACAUUGGAGUGCCACGCCUUCUUAUGCACAAAAAGGAAAGUGGCUCAAGCGGUGACGUUUACUGUGGCUCAAGCCUUCAGAAUAGCCUUCGAGUUUUGGCAAGCAGCUAAACAAGAGAAGGAAAAUCUGGCAGUAGCUGUCUCUGAUGGUGAAGUGGCGUGUAGCACAAACUCAAAAAAUGCUGCAGGACCUGUGAAAGAAUACAGGUCAACAGAGAAGGCAGUAGAUGCAGAAUUGUCAUCUGCGACAGCAGCAAACUUGGUAGAUUUUGGAGAUGAAGCUAAAAGCUCACAGAGUGGCUUCAGUGAAAAUCAAGUGCACUUGGUGGCCGAUCAUUCUAACAAAUGGAACAGUAUGUCUGUAAAUAACAAUAUAGUCUGGGAACUUGAUGAUGGCCUAGAUGAAGCCUUUUCAAGGCUUGCUCAUUCUCGAACAAAUCCCCAAGUCCUGGAUAUUGGGGUGACUGCUCAGGAUUUUCAAGCAGAGGAAUGCACAUCACCUGCAGAGUGGGAUAAGUCUGAUUUAAGUAGCAUUGAUAAAGACGACCCUUUUUGGCUCUGAGGAUUGCUUCAACACCCCUGUCAUCAGUCAUUUGAAAUGGACUCUGGCUGUCACUGUAAAGUGUGGAGUGAAAGCUAAAGCAUGACAAACUGUGGGGCAUGAACAUGAAGCCCAUUUUGUAGAGAGAGAGAGGUGCAGGAUGCUGCUACCGUGGAUUAACAUUUUUGGAUGGUUAGACCAAAGCGACAAUAGCAUAAAUUAAUUUGCACCAAAAAAAGUCAGUAAAGUACAGGGUACACCUUCUGGUGCUCCUUUUAAUAUAUUUUGGUAUUAUGCAUAAUGGAAGAAUUUUAUAUUAUUCAUCAGUAUUCAACAGUUAUAUAAAAUGUAGCACAAGGAUUUUAAAACAUCCUGCAAGCACAAUUUCUUAAGCAAGCUGCAACUCCAAAGUUGAAGUGGCUUUAACAGUUGUCAGUCAUUCCUAUUUUCUGUCAUUGUAGUUUGCCAGUGUGGCACUUUUAAUAAGGAAUUUGAAAAGGUGCAUUUGCAGGUGGUUGUUCUCUAGGGGCUGCCAAACAAAAAAGAAAAACUGCUGUUUGAGUAAGAAGGCAAGCCUGAACCUUCAGUGUUUAAAACAUUGAUCAUUUUCUUUCACUCAGGUAUUAUGUAUUUCAAGCUUUACUCACUGAAAGGGUAAAAGUAUAUUUUUACCAACUUCAGUAGCAGAAUUAAGUACAUUACAGUGAGUUAAAUAUUUGGGUAUUACCAAGACUGAAAAUGUAAACCUGCAUGUCAGUAAGACUUUUUUUUCCAACAUGCUGUUUCACUUAUUUUACAAAUGUGAUUAGGUGGAUAAUGCUUUUAUUACUACUCCUGAGUUCUCUGAUAUCUCAGUCAUUAUGGACCUUCCUUUAGAGUUCCUUGUUGGAAAGGUUGCAUGGGUGUCCUGCUAUUAUGAAGCUCAAAUCUUUGCUUUUACAGAUCCCAUGCAGAGGGUUUUUCUUUUGGGUUAAUCCACCUCUGUUUGUAGCACUUACAAUAUAGUAAAAAGAGGCUUGUCAGAGCUUAGAUCCAGUGCCUUCACUCUAAUGAAAGUUAACCAGAACUUGCGUCAAGAACACACUUCUUACUUGCAGUAUGGUGUUCCUUAAAAUGCAGAGUCUCUCAUACUCCAUGCAUGUCAUAACAGGUAUUUAGAUUAGAAGUACAGACUUUUUGGUAGCUUUGGAAGAGCAUGCAUAGCUUCUAUAUCUGCAUAUCGUGGCUCUUUUCUUCUCUCAGUAUUUAACUUUUUGCUUUAAAAGUUAAGCUGCUCAUAGCAGAACCGAAAGAGAAUUGGCAGAAAUAUUCAAUUUGCCUACAUUGUGUACCACACCAGCUAAUAGCACCUCAGGGAUGGUAGAACUAAGGUUACCAGCAAAGCAGAUGAAAUUCUGAAAAAUGAAGGUAUGGAAUAAAAGCCUAAACAAGGCUAUCUUUUCAUCAAGCAGUGUCUUAUUCCACUAGCUUUGGCUAGCAACUGAUGAGUAGUGCUUUUGAUUUGGUUGCCAGACCACUCUUCCUUUAGCUUCACAGAGCUAGUCAUGGAAUGUUCAGUGUGUUCAGAUGUGGUUAGCCUUUGUGGCAGGAACUUGUAAGUCAACUUCUGGAGUUAUGGAUAAACUCUGGAGCUGCCUUCUAUGCACCUUGGUUGCUCCCAUCCCAGAUUCUAGGUUUCAGCUUAACAUGUACACCACUUUCCACUAAAGCUACAGUCGUCCUUCAAAAGAAACCAGCAGAAAGUUCGUUGGAUGAGGGGCUUUUAGUCCAACUGCAAACAAGAACACCUGGUCAGAUUGUACUUAAGUAAAGAAUCUCUUCAAGGCUGUUAGAUUAUUACUGCAGACGUAAUUUUUUUUUGCUGUCUUACAUAUUGGGGUGAUGCACAGGACUUCAUCUCAUUGUGAUCAAUAAAAGAAGGAAGUAAAGUGACGGCUGCAUAUUUUCCAUCAUUUGGAAUAUUCCCUUUAGCUUCUGGAUCACAUAUUGUGGAAAGCACCGUCUGCAUUCACAUUCUCUGCAGUUUCUUAAGCUUAUGCAAAAUUCUGCUUGACUGAUUUUUUUUUGUACUCAGGAGCUUAAUUUGCACGUCAGUAUUGAAAAUGCUUACCCAGGUAUAUCGAGCACCAGCUUGAAUAUUAAUUCAUAUCAGGCAGCAUGGAUAUUUGUUGUGUAGUUAAAGAACAUUGCUGUAUCUCAGGAUGUUGAGAGGGUGUGGGAUUAGUGGUAGUCAGCAACAGUUUACCUCAGCAUGUUCCUAUGCUUCAAAACAUGCCAGCAAGUUACUGGAAGCUCCUAGAUCUGAAUCUUCAAUUUGGAGAUUCUAGACCUAUUUAGAUGAGAGACGGCUAUUAGUGUAACUACCUCAUGGUAAAUGGCUGUCUCUUUUGUUUCCUGGUUGAAGUACCUUUUAUGUGGUUUCUGCAGGGCUGGAGUCAACAUGUGCUUAACAUGCUUUUGCAGGUUUUUGUGGGUACUCCAUUUUCCUCCCACGACUAAAUAUGUGCUGGUUGAAUGAAUGCAUGUGUGAACUUUUUUGUUCAUUAGAUUGAGGCUGUGAAGGCAUACGCAUCAACUGUAUAGAUUUUCACAGAAUGUCCAGAUUUUUGACUUGUAUUUUUUGGUCUGUUUUUCAUAAAACUGUGGUUCUCUGACAA